UCUUUGGCAAACACUUUAUUUUGUCUUUUGUUUUACGCACAUUCCAGCUGUGACGAGGAGCUGAGUUGAACAGAGAGCUAGUUCAACCAGAUACCGUACGGCUACUAACAGAGGGAACAAGUGACACUGAGCCCAGGAAGAGGCCACAGUGGAAAUUUACUGCCUCUCUGUGCCAUCGAUUUUCGUGAGUCUCAGGGAUACUGACCUGACACCAGAGCUGGAAGGGAAGCUGAUAGCAGGCAUCUUGAAACCGUCAUUUUGUAGACAUCUGCUGUUAUUCUGAGAGCCAUUAGAAGGAAUGAGCUCCAGGGAUAUGCUAUCAUUUCAUCUGAAUACUUGCUAGCAAUCUGCUUUCUGUAACUCAUUGUAACUGGAGGAUUUCUCCGCUAUAAUCCGCUGAGAUAAAGCAUAAAAAAAUGAAGAAAAUGCCAUUGUUCAGCAAGUCGCAUAAAAAUCCUGCUGAGAUUGUUAAAACUCUGAAGGACAAUAUGGCCCUGCUGGAAAGGCAGGACAAAAAAACUGAAAAGGCCUCUGAAGAAGUCUCCAAAUCCCUCCAAGCUACAAAAGAGAUUUUGUGUGGGACAGGGGACAAAGAACCCCAGACAGAGACGGUGGCUCAGCUGGCACAAGAACUGUACAACAGUGGCUUGUUGGUUACUUUGAUAGCCAAUUUGCAUCUCAUAGAUUUUGAGGGCAAGAAAGAUGUAUCUCAGAUAUUUAACAACAUCUUGAGAAGACAAAUUGGAACUCGAAGCCCUACUGUGGAGUAUAUCAGUUCCCACCAACAUAUUCUUUUUAUACUACUCAAAGGGUAUGAAUCCCCUCAAGUUGCACUGCAUUGUGGGAUUAUGCUGCGAGAAUGCGUCCGUCAUGAGCCUCUGGCCAAAGUCAUUCUUUACUCUGAGCAGUUCGGGGACUUCUUUAAGUAUGUGGAAAUGUCAACAUUCGACAUAGCUUCCGAUGCCUUUGCUACAUUUAAGGACCUGCUGACAAGACACAAAUUGAUGGUGGCAGAAUUUCUAGAGCAAAAUUACGACAGAAUAUUUAAUGACUAUGAAAAGCUUCUUCACUCUGAGAACUAUGUGACGAAGAGACAGUCCCUUAAGCUGCUGGGCGAGCUGAUCCUGGACCGACACAACUUUUCCAUUAUGACUAAAUACAUAAGCAAGCCUGAAAAUCUGAAGCUCAUGAUGAAUCUGCUCCGUGAUAAGAGCCCAAACAUUCAGUUCGAAGCAUUCCAUGUGUUUAAGGUGUUUGUAGCAAAUCCAAACAAAACACAGCCCAUCGUGGAUAUCCUGUUAAAAAACCAAACCAAGUUAAUCGACUUCCUGAGCAGCUUUCAGAAGGAUCGAACAGAUGACGAACAGUUCACCGACGAGAAGAACUACUUGAUCAAACAGAUACGAGACUUAAAAAAGCCCACGCCAUGAGGAUUCCCUUUGCUUCUCCCCUUGACAAGUACCGGAGAGCAUUAAAAUGGGUGUUUUAAAGGAAUUGUCACGGCAUUGUCUGUGCCUAUGUUUUUUUGUUUCUACUUAGAUUAUUAGUUGCCAAGAGUAUAAAUGUUUUAUAUUAAAACUUCAAAAAAAAUAAAUAAAUAAAUAAAAGACCAGGGGGAAAAAAAUCCUCCUUAUUCAGGUCUGGGAGAAUGGUGGGAAAAUUUGAAGUUAGGUAUUUGAGAAGCUUACAGAUAUAUUUAAUUUUCUUCCUCGCACUGUAGGUUGACUUGUUCCAGCUUGCACUGCUCAUAGAGCUGAUCUUAUUUCAUUUGCUUCAUUAUUAUUCACAUUUGCACCAAGGGAGAAGUAAGUGAGAAAGAGUUUUGAACCCCCCAUUUUGCUUCCCGUUGUGCGGCAGAAAUACAUAUAAGCUUAGUGACAGGCCUUUCCUUCUCGCUCAAUAAAUCUAGGAACAUUAUCAUUCAAUGGUACUUUAUCCUUAUUAUCCUUUAAACAUUUUAUUUAAUAAAAGAUCUUUAGUUGCUAACAUU